UUUGUUUCUUCUUGCCCAUUUUCCUCGCCUAGUAUUGUAUUUGCUUUGCUUUGCUUUCCAACAUCACUCCUUCUGCGUGAUCGCCCUUCUUUCAAGACCCGCCUUCCCUUCCCCGCGCCGAGCGCAUUCCAUCAUUCCACCACCGGUGAAGCACGUCAACCAGUACUGACAAUGAGCGCCAUUCUCUCUGCCGACGAUUUGAACGACUUCAUAUCUCCCGGUGUCGCCUGUAUCAAACCCAUAGAAACUCUACCCGCUCAAUCGGAAACGCCUGCCAACCCGUACGAAGUUACCACUGAAGACCAGGUCGCUGCCUCAGCACCUCCGCCACCCGCCCAGAUAUCGCUGACCGACUGUUUGGCUUGUUCAGGAUGUGUGACGAGUGCAGAGGCUGUUCUGGUGACACUGCAAUCCCACACCGAGGUUUUGUCGACCCUUGAUGCCCACGCAUCGCUCCGGGCGCCCUGGCAGACACAGAAUGGCACACAGAAUGGGACAAAUGGUACAAACGGGCAUGUCGCUCCAGAAGGGAAGCUGUUCGUGGCAAGUGUAUCGCCACAAGCGCGCGCAAGUUUGGCGGCCGUCUUCUCAGUCUCGGAGGCAGAGGCAGGAAACAUGAUCGCACAGCUCCUCAAUGGCGAAUCAGGACUCAAGAAGGGUGGAGCUCAUGGCAGUGAUUUCACCUGGGUGAUUGAUACAAAUGUCACUCGUGAGGCCUGUCUCGUGGCAGCCGCUGACGAGGUUACAAAUGCGCUUUCGCCUGAAGCUUCCAAACUCUCAUCGCGACCCGGCUUUGAAGGCGCAAUCGACACUACACCAAAAAAGCCCAUCCUCACCUCCGCAUGCCCGGGCUGGAUAUGCUAUGCCGAGAAAACACAUCCGUACAUACUCCCCUACAUAUCGCGCCUCAAAUCCCCGCAAGCCCUCACAGGCACUCUCUUGAAAUCCGUCCUUAGUCGACGCUACAAUAUCCCCCCGUCGCAAGUAUGGCAUGUAGCCAUUAUGCCCUGCUUCGACAAGAAACUCGAAGCCAGCCGUAGCGAACUCACCUCGUCGGCCUGGUCCGGCGAAGAUAUUUCCUCGCCAUCCUCGCAAGAUCCCAUCCGUGACGUCGACUGCGUAAUUACAGCCCGGGAACUCCUCCAUCUAGCAACCGCCCGCAACAUCACAUUCUCCUCCCUCCCACGGACCCCUAUCCCCAGUUCCCAAAGAAUACCCUUCCCGGACCCCAAGCUCGACGCCUUCCUUUUCUCUUCUUCCCGUCGCGGCAACGCACCGAACCAGUCCCCUCAAGCAGGCUCGUCAGGCGGCUACCUCUACCACAUCCUGCAAACCUAUCAGUCCCGCCACCCUGGCUCCACCAUCACCGUGUCCCGCGGCCGCAACGCAGACGUGGUCGAAUACGCGCUCGUACAAGGGGAAACCACAAUCUUAAAGACGGCGCGAUACUACGGAUUUCGCAAUAUCCAGAACCUUGUCCGCGCUCUCAAACCGCCAAAAGCGAGUCGCCUCCUCGGCUCUGCAACUCGAACCGGUGCGGGCGUGAGCAGGAGACCGCCUGGCCGUGGACCUGCUGGUGGUGGUGGUAUGACGGAUAUCAAGGAAUACGCCUAUGUCGAGGUCAUGGCUUGUCCUGGGGGAUGCACCAACGGCGGCGGCCAGGUCAAAGUCAGCGAAGUGAAGGAUGUGCGCGUCGCCGAGGGCAUAAUCCAAAGUAAUCAAGAUGACGUGCAAUCCGAUGGAAAUCUAGCGGUACUGCCACCGACGAAACCCGGGCCAAAGGAGCAGAAGGAAUGGCUGAGUCGCGUCGAUGAAGCGUAUUUCUCUGGCUCUGACGACGAGGGCAACAGCAACAAUAAUAAGGUCGCAGAUGCUCGUCUUGCACCCUCUACCGAACAAACCCCAGCGUCACAAUCAUCAUCACAACCACCGGUAGCAACAACAAAAACGGAUACAGAUACGGAUUCGCAGGAUCUCGUAAACGACAUCUCCCGCUCCUACAUCGCCGACAUGACGUCUCACUGGUCCGCCAUCACGGGCAUCGAUACCCAGACGCUGCUGUAUACCUCGUUCCGCAAGGUCGAGAGCGAUGUGGGUAAAAUGAAGAAGCAAAACGAUGUCGAGAGGGUCGUGGCGCUGUCUAGUACCCAGGGUGGCGGGUGGUGA